AUGCAAAUGAAAGUGAUCUUCAUGUUUUGUAUUAUAUUACACUUAAAGGAUGUUCAAACGAAAAAAUUAUGCCAUUGUAAUUGCUGUAAUUCAACUUCAUGCAAUCCAGCAUUUGUCGUCGCAAUAAAUGUUGGCGAAAUUUGUAAUUCAACAACAUGCGACCUUAGUGCUUGCUUUAUGUUUAAUGGAACACGCUGUCCCAUGAUUGGUUCAGAUGGUUUAGGUGAUCCUGUUUGCGCUCAUGCUUAUACCAUUUUUCAUGGUUUAACUUUGUUUCCACUUCUAAUUACGUUUAUAAUUUUUGCCAAAUUCUAUCGCGAUUGA